AGCGUCGGCCUGGGCCAAGAGGUGACGGACCGGAAGCGACGCCAAGGGGAAGAGGCUGGAGGGUAUCCGCAGUCGCGAGACGGUGAUCGCGUGCAGCGACGGUUAGUGGGCGGAGCGUGCGGGGGGUCCUGUCAUGGAGGACGGCUGAGGUGCUGCCGAGUGAUAGCGGCUCGGGAUCGGCAAAAGCUCAAGCAGGAGACCCCCUCACGGAUACAGGUUCAGUGCUGGUCGGAGGAGGCAGAGGAUGAAAUCCAGUGCUGUCUGAAAUUGGCAGAUUGGGCCAUGUUCAAACAGUGUGCAAGUACCUUGGAUGAAUACGCCACCACCAUCACAGACUUUAUCAGCAAGUAUGUGGAGGACUGCAUACCGAGGAAGUCAAUCCAGGUGUUCCCCAGCAGGAAACCAUGGAUGAAUCAGGACAUACAAAACCUGCUUAAAAACCAGGCAUGUGAGGCCUACAGCUCAGGAGACCCACUCAAAUAUAAGGAAUCCAAUUAAGACUUUCGCAGAGCCAUUAAAACAGCCAAGGACCAAUACCGAUCCAAACUAGAGACACAGAUAGACACCCAAUGACUAUGGCAAGGACUGAAUGACAGUGCAAGAUAGCAGACAAUGACACAUCCUUCCCAGGUCAUCUCAAUGCCUUCUGUGCUCGCUUUGAACAGAAUUUUGGUGGAGAGAAAACACCUAUUCUGACAAGUCCUGACAAACCUAUCCCAACAGUUACUGCAUCAGAGGUCAGAGCAGUUUUCCUACGUGUGAGUGCAAGGAAAGUGAUGGGGUCAGGCGGAGUACCAGGCUGUGCAUUCAGAGCAUGCACAGAUCAACUGGUAAAGGUCUUCUUGGACAUGUUCAACCUCUCCCUGCAGCAGGCCACUAUUUCUGCCUGUUUCAAGAGGGCCAACACCAUCCCUAUGUCUAAGAAGGCUCAUGCAGCACGUGUCAAUGACUAUCGCCCAGUGGCCCUAACUUCAGUGGUCAUAAAGUGCUUUGAAAGACUGGUCAUGGCAUUAAUCAACUCCAGCCUCACCACCACUCUUGACUCACUCCAAUUUGCCUAUUGGGCCAACAGAUCCACGUUAGAUGCCAUAUCACUUGCCCUUCACUCCUACCUAGAACAUCUUGACAUCAAGAAUAGCUCACCAAAAAUACUACUCAUUGACUACAGUUCAACCUUCAACACUAUUAUCCCCUUGAGACUGAUUACUAAACUUGGUGAUCUCGGACUAAGCCCCACUCUCUGCAACUGGUUCCUCAGUUUCCCAACCCACAGGCCACAAUCAGUGAAGACUGGGGACAAUAUUUCAUCCUCACUAACACUCAACACUGGAGCCCCCCAGGAGUGCGUACUCAGCCCCCUACUGUACUCACUAUACUCAUAAGUGCGUCGCCAAAUACCAGAUUAAUGUCAUUUACAAGUUCGCUGAUGACACCACCAUAGUUGGUCGAAUGAUAGAUGGCAACAAAACAGACUACGGACAUGAAGUGGAAGACCUGGAAAACUGGUACACUGAGAACAACGUAGUUCUCAAUGCCGGCAAAACCAAGGAACUCAUUAUUGAGUGGUCAUCCACAAUAAGCUUCACAACAAGCAUUUUCAUGUGGAUGCAUUGGUUACAAAGGCACAACAAUGUCACUUCCUCAGGCAGCUGAGGAAAUUUGGCAUAAUGGUGAAUACCCUUGCCAACUAUUACAGGUGCACCAUCGAGAGCAUUCUGUCUGAAUGUAUCACUACCUGGUAUGGCAACUGUACCAUUCAAGAUCAGAGACAAUUACAAAGAGUGGUGAACUCGGCCCGGACAAUCACAAAGGCCAACCCACCAUCUAUGGAAUCCAUCUACCAGACCCACUGUCAAGGAAAGGCCACCAGUAUUCUCAAAUAUCCAUCCCACCCUGACCAUGUUUUUCUACAAUCUCUACCAUCAGGGAGAAGAUUUCUUUUGUACGUAGAUUGUGACUAGUAACGAGAGGAAAAUGAGUCGAUUUAUGAUGGAACUGCCACUAAUUGGGAUUCUUUCACUCAGUGGACAUCAUAUGAGUCUUCCACGCUGCUGGUUCAGGGUUGCUUAUGCCAGUAGAAGAAAUGUAAGAAUUGAUUUUGUAAGGAGGUACAGCUGUCUUCCAGGUGAUAUUAAGUCAUUGCGCACCAUUAUCAAUCCGGAUAUCUCAAAAAUACGGAACAUUGGGAUCAUGGCUCAUAUCGAUGCAGGAAAAACCACAACCACAGAGAGAAUGCUUUAUUAUGCGGGAUACAUCAGGGCACUUGGAGAUGUUGAUGAUGGAGACACAGUGACUGAUUUCAUGGCACAAGAACGUGAGCGUGGAAUUACCAUCCAAUCAGCUGCUGUCACUUUUGACUGGAAAUCCCAUCGGGUAAAUUUAAUAGAUACACCAGGUCACGUGGAUUUCACAGUUGAAGUAGAACGCUCUUUACGUGUACUUGAUGGAGCAGUGGCAGUAUUUGAUGCUUCAGCUGGUGUUGAGGCACAAACCUUAACAGUGUGGCGUCAAGCAGACAAACAUCAUAUUCCUCGUGUAUGCUUCUUAAACAAGAUGGAUAAACCUAAAGCCAGUUUUUCUUACUCCAUUGAAAGCAUCAAACAGAAACUAAAAGUGAAGCCACUUCUGCUGCAGUUGCCAGUUGGAACUGGGAAAACCUUUAAUGGGGUAGUUGACCUUGUUACAAAUGAAAAAGUUCUUUGGUGUUCAAAGUCUGUUAAUGAAGAUGAUGGCAUGGUCUUCAGCCGGAAUCCUUUAACGCCAACAGAUGACCAUAAACUUUUGAAAGAAGCCAGAGAUGCAAGAUUUGCCCUCAUAGAACAAGUAGCGGAUUUGGAUGAUGAAUUUGCUGAAUUGGUUCUUGAAGAGUUAAGUGAAGAGCCAGAUGCAGUUCCUGCUGAAAAAUUGAAUGCAGCAAUCCGCCGAGUCACAUUAGCACAAACAGCAGUGCCAGUUUUGUGUGGAAGUGCAUUGAAGAAUAAAGGUGUGCAGCUGUUAAUGGAUGCCAUCACAAAAUAUCUGCCAGCCCCAAAUGAGUGCAAACAUGACUUUGUACAUUGUUAUGGAGAUGAUCUAUGCGCUCUUGCAUUUAAAGUUGUCCAUGAUAGACAGCGUGGGCCUUUGGUGUUUGUCCGCAUCUACUCUGGUACAAUGAAACCUCAAUCAGCUGUUUACAAUAUCAAUAAGAACUGCAUAGAACGAAUGAGUCGUCUUUUAUUGCCAUUUGCUGACCAGCAAAUUGAGAUCCCUGCCCUACAGGCUGGAAAUAUUGCUUUAACUGUGGGACUUAAACAGGCUGCAACUGGUGACACGAUAGUUUCAUCAAAGUCAUCAGCAGCAGCUGCAGCUCGUCGAGCAGGGAAGGAAUCUGGGAAAAAAGUCAUAGAGCAGGAAGAUCCAGUGUUAGCUGCAGUUGAGAUUCCAGAGCCAGUGUUCUUUUGCACAAUUGAACCACCAUCUAUGGCGAAACAAUCAGAUCUGGACCAUGCUCUUGUCUGUCUUCAACGGGAAGAUCCCAGUUUGAAAGUAAAGAUUGACCCGGAUUCUGGGCAGACUAUCUUAUGUGGAAUGGGGGAACUGCACAUUGAGAUAAUCCAUGAUCGAAUUAAGAGAGAGUAUGGAAUUGAGGCAUAUCUCGGGCCUCUCCAGGUAGCCUACAGGGAAACUAUAACGCAGUCUGCUAGUUCAAGUGAUACACUAGACAGAACAGUAGGGGAGAAACGUAACCUGGUAACAGCUGAAAUUUCAGUCCAUCCAUGGCUUGGAGAAGAAGCACUGUUAUUGCCCCUAAUUGAGAUUUCCGAUCAGAUAAUGGAGCAACAUUCUAAAGAAGCACUGCAUGCUGUAGAAAAUGGAAUUAAAACUUCAUGUCUGCAAGGUCCUCUGCUGAGAUUCCCUGUUCAGGAUGUGGUGGUUGUACUGCAGUCUCUAAGUGUACAUCCUGGGACAUCUUUGGCAAUGAUUUCUGCAUGUGUGUCUCGGGCUGUGCAAAAGGCAUUAAAACAGGCUCUAAGUCAGGUGCUGGAACCUGUGAUGAGCCUGGAAAUCACAGUAGAUGAGAGGUACCUCAGUGUGGUGUUGGCAGAUCUGGCUCAGCGAAGAGGAAGCAUUCGAGAAAUUCAAAACCGUCAGGACAGCCGAGUUGCUUUGGCUUCUGUUCCACUUGCAGAAACAAUGGGUUACUCAACUGUCCUGCGCAGUUUGACAUCGGGCAAUGCUGUGUUUACUUUGGAAUUCUCCAACUAUGAGGCAAUGAAUCUACAAGAUCAAAACAUGCUUUUUAACAAGGUGAUGGGUGUGGUGUGAAUCCUAUAGAACUUGUGAAGGUGACCAAAUAACUGGACAGAGUCUGAGAUUGAACUCAAAGGAUUUUUUUCCUUGAAUUGUCUAAACAUUCAACUCUGUGACAAGAAUGUUGAAACUUUGGAUGUCAACUGAAGUGUUCAUGGAUGCUCUUCUUGGAAACAAAAGACUCCUCCUUGGAACAUCAUUUAAAACCAGGGCAGUCAGCUCUUAGAUUUGAAUCUUGUAUAUUUUGGACUUUGUUCAUAAGACGACUUUUUGAUGACCUUUCUGGUUUGGUAUGAAAUCAUGAAGCAGAUAAUGCAUCCCUGUCUGAAUUCAAGGAUCUACAGAGUUUCUGACUUAAGUUAUU